GUGCGUAUCUUUGAGAGCGAUUUCGCACAGAAGAUGCCUUCUUUUAAGCUCGUUGCGCCAGCUAUCAUCGCUGGCAUUGUUUUUGGUAUUGCAUGUAUGUUCUUAAUUGACGGAAUCCUUCUCGCCAAAAAAGAAGUGGUUCCUGCCGAUGGGUUGUCCUUCUCUAUAUGUGUUCCACCGAUUUUCUCUUUUGUGGGUUUACUGCUGUUUAUGCUCGUCGCACCCUCAGAUAUCAGGGAAGAUCGAAGCAAAGCCAAGGUUGUCCUCUUUAUUUCGUGGCUAUGUAUGUUAAGCUCGAGUUUAGCAGCAUUAACGGUCGUAUUCCUAUGCUAUAGGGGCCCGCAAAAUCGGGAACGGGCCGCACCCGGUGUUGAGCUGGCCAUGUUUACAGGUAUUGUCCCCCUCGCCGGUUCCAUACUGUGGUGGAGUCGGAGCGCUGAUAGCGGCAGUGAUUGGUAGAAGCGGACGCUAAGUCUAGAGAAUUGCGUGAUAUACUUUUUAGCAUACUAUUUUUUCAUCGAUACCUACGACGUUUCAUUCGAUACACAAAUCUGUCUUGUUAUAUUGGAAUGAGAAAAAAAUGAGCGCUGUGGAAUAAAAGCACUAGUAGCAGAAUAUAAAGGUGACUUCACCGACUUUUUAGA